CCAUGGAAGGCAAGGCUACAGAAAAUGGAGUGGCAGCCAUGGCCGCCUGCUACCAGCGCUUUGACCCGUCGGCGUACCUGCAGUACAACUACACUCCACCGCGGGCUGACUUUGACCGGAAGGACAGCAUUGUGCCCUGGAAACUGGCGUGCUUGCAUAGAGCCUUCACAGAAGGUGACGUGAGCGGCAAGCUGCUGGUGGACAUCGGAUCGGGUCCCACCCUGUACCAGGUCCUGAGUGGCUGCGAGGUCUUCAACGAGGUGGUCCUCACAGACCUCCUGGAGGUCAACCGCAAAGAGUUGAGGCGCUGGUUGCAGGGCGAGGAAGGCUGCAGCCUGGACUGGACGCCAUACCUGCAGCAUGUCUGCAAGCUGGAGGGCCGACGGCCCUCGGCAUGGACAGAGAAAGCCGCCAAGCUCCGCCGGGCGAUCACCGACAUCCUCCCGGUGGACGUGCACCGUCCUCAGCCCCUGGACCCUCGAGUCCUGCCCCCGGCGGGGGCCGACUGCCUGGUGUCCUGCUUCUGCCUGGAGAGCGUGAGCCCAGACCUGGCCGCCUUCACCAAGGCCCUGGGCCACAUUCAGAACCUGCUCCGGCCCGGCGGCCACCUCCUGCUCAUCGGCGCCUUGGGAGAGAGCUUCUAUUUCGGGGGGCCCGGGGUAAAGAUACCCGUGGUCCCGCUGGAUGAGUCGGAGGUGUGCGCCAGUCUUAAGGAGAGCGGCUACACCCUGAUCAGACUGGAGGUGUACACCCUGCCUCAGGACAUGAGAGUGGGGGUGGAUGACGUCACCGGGGUGUUUUUUGCCAAGGCCAGGAAGGACUAAACGGUGUACUCUAUUGUGAAAGUGAUGGACAAGACGCCAGCUGGUGUAGGAAUGUGAUCACACAGUGCCCCCUGCAGUCCAAACGACGUCGUUACAGCAGAUGAGUCUUUUAAAAAAUAGUAUUUAUUCUAGAUCCGUGGUUCUCAAACCUUUUUUCAGUGAUGUACCCCCUGUGAAUUUUUUUUUUUUUUUAAUUCAAGUACCCCCUAAUCAGAGCAAAGCAUUUUUUGUUGAAAAAAAAGGAUAAAGAAGUAAAAUACAGCACUAUGUCAAUAGUUUCUGAUUUAUUAAAUUGUAUAACAGUGCAAAAUAUUGCUCAUUUGUAGUGGGCUUUUUUGGAUUAUUUGGAAAAAAAGAUAUAAAAAUAACAAAAAAAACUUGCUGAAAAAUAAACAAGUAAUUCAAUUAUAAAUAAAGAUUACACAUAGACGUAAUCAUCAACUUAAAGUGCCCUCUAUGGGGAUUGUAAUAGAGAUCCAUAUGGAUUCAUCAACUUUAUUCAAAACAUUUCUAUACAAAAAAAAGAAAUCUUUAACAUCAAUAUUUAUGGAACAUGUCCACAAAAAAUCUAGCUGUCAUCACUUAAUAUUGCAUUGUUGCAUUUCUUUUCACAGUUUAUGAACUUACAUUCAUAUUUUGUUGAGGUAUUAUUCAAUAAAUAUAUUUAUAAAUGUUUUUUGAAUUGUUGCUAUUUUUAGAAUAUUUUUGAAAAAUCUCACAUACCCCUUGGCAAACCUUCAAGUACCCCCAGGGGUACACGUACCCCCAUUUGAGAACCACUGUUCUAGAUUACAUGAAAUAUAUAAGUGAAUAUUAUUCAAAAAAUAUAAAUAACAUCAUAGUAAAUUUUAAUGUGUUUAAAAAAUGUUGUGAAAAAAGAUCAUAUAUUCUGUGACAUAUAUUCUUCCUGGCCUUUUUUCACCAAAGUAACGUAUACAGACGAUAUGGGAAGAAAAAGAAAUUGCUAACUUAAGAAUAAAAAUUGGUGCACAAAAAAUAAUUAUAAACUGGAAGUGUCCUCUUUUAGAAUUAUAACCAAAAUGCGUUAAUUGAUACAAAUUAAUCUUUACACCAUUACAAAAUCAGCUGUGGGUCAAAUAUGUAUUAAUGUACGUACUGUAUAUGCAUAUAUAAUGCCUUUAGUAACACUAUUUAAGAGCGUAGCUUAAUAAAGUGUUUAAAACGCAGUGGUGGGUCGUCGAGACCAGCAAGGCCUUCUCUCCUGGCCUAACAUAACCAGAAAUCCAUCCAUCCAUCCAUCCAUCUUCUUCCGCUUAUCCGAGGUCGGGUCGCGGGGGCAGCAGCCUAAGCAGGGAAGCCCAGACUUCCCUCUCCCCAGCCACUUCGUCUAGCUCUUCCCGGGGGAUCCCGAGGCGUUCCCAGGCCAGCCGGGAGACAUAGUCUUCCCAACGUGUCCUGGGUCUUCCCCGUGGCCUCCUACCGCUUGGACGUGCCCUAAACACCUCCCUCGGGAGGCGUUCGAGUGGCAUCCUGACCAGAU